AUGGGUUUCAUACAUCCAGAAAAUAGCUUGCACCAGAGAGAUAACAACAGAACGCAGUUAUUCGACCUCAACUAUGAUCAGCUGUCUAAUAGAGCGAGUUCUCCAUAUGAUAAAGGCAAUAAAUUAGACAUUUCACAGUCAACUUUGUCCCAAUUAGAAUCACAGAACGAUGAUCAAAUGAGCACUAUGAAAGAGAAAAUAGGGGCGCUUAAAUCGCUCUCUUUGAGGAUGGGAGAAGAGAUACGAGGAAGCAAUCAUACAAUGGACCAAUUAGGUGAAGUAUUUGAAGGGACUAGCACUAAACUGAAACAAACAUUCAACAAGAUGCUUAUAAUGGCCAAAACGUCAAGAAUUAGUUUGCGAACCUGGUUAUUUAUAUUUUUUGUUGUAUUUCUCUUGUUUUUCUGGGUUUGGAUCCGCUGA